CAUACAUCCAUAUAAAACGAAGGAGAAGGCGCUGAGUAGUAGGUACGGCACAGCGGAGGACAGAUGUUCUUGCCAGCUCAAACUCAUUCAUCACCAUAACAUCUCCUUCAUCAACCACCACCGCCAAGCCAUGAGGUCAUUUCUUCUCUUUUCACUGGUUCAGAGGUUGAAUCCGCGCAUAUAAAUAUAUGGAAGAACAAGCAGCGAUUCAUAUGCCGAGGAAGAAGAUGAGAGGGGAGGUCAUCCUACUGUGUCUGUGGCUGUGCACGGGGCUUGUGGCUGGGGACUGGAACAUCCUCAGCUACAUCACUAGCAAGAGAGAGGAUGACAGGAACAGCAACGUGGAGUUCAGCCUGAGGAACUACUGCGAGAGCUGGCGGAUGAACGCGGAGCUGAACAACAUCCGGGGGUUCGAGGUGGUGCCAGGGGAGUGCGUCGGCUACAUCGGCGCCUACAUGACGUCGACGCAGUACGAGGUGGACGUCCAGCUCGCCGCCGAGGAGUCCCUCUUGUUCCUCACCGACAGCUUUCAGCCCUCCGGCGACGGCAAGGACGCAUGGAUCUUCGACCUCGACGACGUCCUCCUCUCCACCGUGCCCUACUUCAAGAUGCACGACUUCGGAGGAACCAAGACAAACAGAGGGAGCCUCGAGGCAUGGAUGAGGGAGGGCAAUGCGCCUGCCAUCGAGCACAUGCUGACACUCUUCUACCUAAUCAGAGGAAAAGGGUUGAAGGUCUUCAUCCUCUCUUCCAGAGCAGAGUAUCUCAGAGAAGCGACCGUCGAAAACCUCAUCGCCGUCGGCUAUCAUGGUUGGACUGAUCUCAUCCUCAGGUCGGAGGAGGACAAAUAUACCUGCGCAGAGGAGUACAAGGCAAAACAGAGGAGCAAGUUGGUCCACGAAGGCUACCGCCUGUGGGGAAUUGUUGGGAGCCAAUGGAGCAGCCUCGGGGGUUACACCACCGCCCGAAGAAUCUUCAAGCUCCCAAACCCUAUGUACUAUGAGUAUUAGAACGUCAUCAUCUCUCUGCCAACUUUCUCAUUCCCUCCGCCAAAAAUAAGUGGCCCUCAUUUCCCUUCCUACAUGGAGAAAGAUAUGAGUUCACAUGUUUUUGUCUCAA